UUACAUUUCGUGUCUAUUGUUCUUCAAAACGCGUCGGUUCGAUCUCAUUUACGAAGCAGCUGCAAUGUGUCCCACCGGCAGUUCCCUCCCUCAGGCGACUGCGGUGAGGUCCGAGUUCCGCCCGGCAUUCGACGUCCUCGACGCCGACCGCGACGGCAAGAUCAGCCGCGAAGAUCUCCGCAGCUUUUACGCGGGAUUCCCAGGCGGCGUCUCCGGAGAUGAGGAGGCGAUCGGAUCGAUGAUGUCGGUGGCGGAUUCGAACAAGGAUGGGUUCGUGGAGUACGAUGAGUUUGAACGCGUGUUGGGCUGCCGGAGAAGUCCGAGGAACAAGGGCCACGGCGUCGCUGGGGUGAUGGAGGAUGUGUUUAAGGUUAUGGACAGGGACGGCGACGGCAAAGUAGGGCUCGAGGAUUUGAAGAGCUAUAUGAAUUGGGCCGGGUUUUCUGCAACUGAGGAAGAUAUCAAGGCCAUGAUCAAAUUGGGCGGCGGUGAUGAAGAUAGUGGUGUAUCCUAUGAUGGUCUGCUCAAGAUCCUGGCCGUUGAUUAUAUUAACUAAUUUUGCGCGUAUUUUACCUGUAAAAGUAAAAUAAAAUGUAGAAAUUUCUGCAUAUUUGCCGAACUCAUCUUUUUGUCCCAUUAACUAAAAAGGCGUUGCGAUCCAA